GAGUUGCACGUGAAGGCAGCACGUUCAGGGCGGGUGGGUUGAGGGUGCAGGAGUGGCUCAGCCUCCAGCCCGCACGCGCUCAGUGUGUUUAUAACGUGUGAAGCCUUCAGGUGACCCGUCCGGUACCCGCUGCAUCACCACCGGGAUCUGCGGCGGCUCUGCGGAAGCGGAAUAAAGUGAGACAAAUCCACGCACACAGAGAGACAAAUCCACGCACACAGAGAGACUUCUGCUCGCUGCCGUCCUGAGUGUGAUGUAACCGGUCAGACCCUCCUUCUUCACGAUGAUGCUGAUUUUUGGUGCAGCCCUGCAGGCAGUAGGUGCAGUCAGGACCCGAGAAGCGGCGUCUGUGCACGCGAUUUUCAUGAUGGUGUUUCUCGUCCCUCUGCUGUGGCAGCCUGCAGCAUCGAGCGCCGCCCCCGAAGCCAAAACCUGGAGCCAAACGGGGCCGCGGCUGCAGCUCUCCCACUCAGAUGUGAGGAACGGUUCAGCCGUCUUCUGGGAGGAGGGGGUCAGCGGUGGGUACCAGGCCCUGCUGUUAGACGAGGAUAAAGGCUGGCUGCUGGUCGGAGGGAAAGACCACAUCUACCUGCUGAAGUCUGACAGCUUGGAUCAGCCCUCGCAGAAGAUCUACUGGCCGGCUGCCAGAGAGCAUGUGGAGCACUGCAGGCUGGCUGGCAAAAGCCUGGAGACUGAAUGUGCCAACUUUGUGCGGCUGCUGCAGCCUUUCAAUAAGACCCACGUUUAUGCUUGUGGUACCGGCGCUUUCCAUCCACAGUGCACUUACCUGCACCUCGGACACAACACAGAGGAGCCGUUGUUCACGCUGUCUCACACGGUCGAGUCAGGCAGAGGAAAAUGUCCCUUCAGUCCCAAAGAGCCCUUCGCUGCUAGACUGACCGACGGGGAUCUGUACGCGGGUACCUCGGUCGAUUUCAUGGGAGCCAACGCUGCGAUCUUCAGGACAUCCAUCCAGGGCAGCAGCCAGCAUUACAUCCGCACUGAAGCCUACGAUCACAACUGGCUCAACGAGCCAGAUUUUGUGGGCUCCUUCUCCAUCCCUGACACGCGCAGCCCGGACGAUGAUAAAGUCUACUUCUUCUUCAAGGAGAGGGCGGUGGAGGCCGGGCAGUGGGACAAGAGGGUGUACAGCCGCGUGGCCCGAGUCUGCAAGAACGAUCUCGGCGGGAGGAGGAGUCUCAUCAACCGCUGGACCACCUUCCUCAAAGCCCGGCUGGUCUGUUCUGUCCCCGGCCCGUCUGGAGUCGACACGCAGUUUGAUGAGCUUGAGGACGUCUUUGUCCUGGAGACCAAGGACCCUCAGAACCCGACCAUCUAUGGAGUCUUCAGCACGUCCAGCUCCAUAUUUCGUGGUUCAGCAGUGUGUGUGUUCUCCAUGGCGUCCAUUCGAACUGCUUUCAACGGACCAUUUGCCCAUAAAGAAGGUCCCGACUAUCGCUGGGUCGAGUACAAGGGUCACAUCCCCUACCCAAGACCUGGCACCUGUCCCAGCGAGACCUACGAUGCUCUCCACAAAUCCACCAAGGACUUCCCAGAUGAGGUGGUGAGCUUCAUGCGGCAGCAUCAGCUGAUGUGGGAGCCCGUCCUGCCUCUGGGCGGCCGGCCCAUCUUAACCCGCGUCAACUCGGCCUACACGUUAAAGAAGGUUGUCGUGGACAGGGUGGACGCCGAGGACGGACCGUACGACGUCUUACACCUGGGCACAGAUGAUGGGAAGGUGGUGAAGGCGGUGUCUGUCAUUAAAGACAACUGGGUCACAGAGGAGGUCAUACUGGAGGAGCUGACAGUCUUCCAGAGUCCCACUCCCAUCCUCAGCAUGGAGCUUUCCACCAAGCGACAACAGCUGUACGUGUCCAGCGAGCUCGGCGUGGCCCAGCUGGGGCUCCAGAGGUGCGAGUUAUACGGGACCGGCUGUGCCGAGUGCUGCCUGGCCAGAGACCCCUACUGUUCCUGGGAUGGACAGACCUGCUCCAGAUACUUCGCCAUGAGCCGGAGGCGGGCGCGCAGACAGGAUGUGAAGUAUGGAGACCCCUGGAGUCAGUGUCCAGACACAGAGGACGAUUCAGACUCUGUGGAGGUGAAGGUGGUGUACGGUGUUGAGGGAAACUCCACCUUCCUGGAGUGUGUUCCUCGCUCGUCCCAGGCGGAGCUCAGGUGGACGCUGCAGGUCUCAGACGGCCAGCAGCAGACUGUCGGUCAGACGCAUGAAAGCAAAGAGCUGCCUCAGAGCGACGACGACCGCUCCUUCCACAUGAAGCGAGGCUUGCUCAUUCAGCACCUGGAACAGGCCGACUCGGGCCUUUACACCUGCACCAGCCACGAGCACUCCUACGCCCAGGUCCUGGCUCGAUACCGCGUUCGCAUUAUCCCCAAGCACAGCCUCAACCCAGCUCGCUACAUGCAGAGCCACAACCCCAACCUCCCGGGCCCAGUGAUUCUGGGGAAAACUGGGCCGGCCGGAGGAGGAGGGAUUGCUGGGUUUCUGAGCCAGCCGGGCUCCCCUCACGCACCGCCUUCUCUGCCAGGACAUGGGAACUCGUGGCUGCCUCAGCAGCUCCCUCUGAGGAGCUACAAAGACCUGCACAAGGUGGGAAGCAACAGUCUGACCGUGGACGAGUACUGCGAGCAACUUUGGUACCGCGAGAAGCGCCGGCAGCAGAAGCUGCGAGCGCUGAAGAUGAAACAGGAGAGCAGGAAGGCUCGCGUGAGGAGGAACAACCCUCCCGAGGUUCCUCUCUAGGAGGAUCAGAGACUGCCGAGGACAACAGAUCCUGUACAUGCAGAGGACACGCUGGGGUCAAGUCAAGAAAGUUUGCUUCCUGAGCAAAUAAAGCCAACAAAGUGACGCCAAUGAUAAUUUACCAUUAAAAACGAAUAUUCCAGAAAAAGAGAUUCGUUUGUCUUCGUCCUGAACUCUUUAGUAUUUAGAAAGACUUGGAAAUGGAAAUAUAAGGAUGUAUGUAGAAAGAUAGAAACCUGUAUCUGUCUCUGAAGUCUUGUUUUUGUAGCUCAUUUCAUGCUUUUAUGAGCUGUCGCUGAUAGUUUACAGGCAGAUAAAUCAUUUGGUAGAAAAGUAGUCCAAGUAAGUGUAAGUUAGUUUGCAGCAUUCUGUGACAGAUGUGCUGAUAGAUAUGAGCUGCAAUUAAAGUUCCAGUUAUUCACCUAUAAACAAAAAAAGCAAAGUCUGAUUUAAAUUUGGAUGAUCUCCCCUUCAGGGUCAUCUUUGUGUGCAGCUCUGGACUGAUGGCACUGCUGCUGUUCUCAGGUCAGCCCCUGGAAGUCUGUUUGAGCCUCUGUGCUGCACGCUGGAGCUUGGCCUUAGUCAUCGUUCACUUUACUCACCAGGGCUUUUUCUCUCUGUGACUUUGCCCAGUUUUCUGAAAAUGACAUUUAAGUGAAACGGUCGCUUCGAUUUGUUGCACAGGACUUUGACCGAUUGAUUGAAAAAUAGCAGCAGUUCUGUAAUCAGUCUGGAGCUGCAUGAGAAGGCGAGCUUAGAGGGGAACUCGGAUUUAUUUCAGACAUGCUUUUUCAUUUUUAUGUGGUUUUUGCCCUGAUGACAGCAUUUAGUGGGCUUUCAGUGCAAAAAAUGAAGCAAGUUAAAAGGUCCCUAAAACUGUUUCUUAAUGUGUUUCCUUUUGCAAGUGAGGAUCUAUAAAAGCCAAAAUUUCUGCCAUGCAUGUUUUACACACCUCAGAUUGACCCUUUUUAGUAUUUUAAUGUCUCUUCUACGUGUUUAAAUAUUCAGACCUUUAACACAGCUCAGUGGCUGGCGUGCAGUUUGCAUCCAAACUCAGGUUUGACUGACAGUUGGAGGGGGAUCUCAGACACACUGCAGACAGACGCAGCGUAUUUAUAUGACCUAACUUGCUGACAGCAGACUCCAGUGUUUGCCCAGUUUACUGCUUCACAUGUAACCCUGUUUAUUAGAAACUAUCGAGCGUUUUCAGCAGGCAUCUAUGUUUGUUCUGAGACGUAAGCUUCACACAUACCUGACGGAUUAAAGGCCUCGAUGGAAACGCACACAUGAAAUGGACCUUGCUUGAAACAUUAUGUAUAGCUCUUUACGUCCAUGUAUAUUAAAGAACUCUAUUUUUCUAGUUUCCUUUCUGUAUCCUGUAGAAUUUACUGCAUUUUGUAAGUUUAUAUAAACCUGUGUUUUCCUCAUAAGCAAAUUUCAAACUUUUUUACUUCACAGCUCUAAUAAGCUUCCAGACCGUGUAAUGUCAUCGUCUUUACUGUAUGUGAAUAAGCCACAAAUGAUAACUCAGUGAAAAUAAAACAAAGAAAAACA